AUGCAGAAUCCAAAACGUGGCAAGGCCGUGCCGACUGACACUCCGGCGUCCAAAUUCUUGUACGCCAUCCUCAAACAGUUGGAUCUUAGAUCGGUUGAUUGGAACCUAGUUGCCUCUGAUCUCGAAAUCUCCAACGGCCACGCUGCACGGAUGCGAUACUCACGGUUCAGACAGCAGAUGGAGGGCAACGUUCCAUCAACCCGAGCUCCCCGUGCUAAGAAAGACAACACCAAGUCGAGCAAGGGUGGUUUGUCCAGCGAGAACGGCCAGAAGAGUCUUCCAUCCCCUUCGCCCGAGCCAGCGGCGAACCAGGGAUUUGCUGCUCCCUACGGCGAGCAUAUUUCCUCCUUGAUGAUGCCAACUCCUGGUCCUUCGCUCUCUCCUAUGAUGCCGCCCACUCAUCCAGCUGCACGACUACCGUACCACCCCCCUCCCCUUCCUACACCCGAGGUGAAGCACGAGCCUCUGGAGGCUACUUUCGAACCUUGCCUGGAGUCUAUGUUUAAGCCCGAGCCCUAUGAUGAGCACGUCCCAUCGCUGGUGGAUAUCCCUCUGACUACAUCUUUCCCAAUGUCGACUAUCCCACCAGCUGUUGCGCCGUAUACUUCUAUGUUUGCCAACUCAGGCAACCCGGUCAUGUAUUCAUCUGCAUCCGCUCCUCAGCCCGGGCUUCAAGCUGAGUUUCGACCUGCAUUCCAGCCCGAGCCAUUCUACCACGAGCCCUUCGGAGCUCAGCACCCGAACAAUUUCUGGUGGCCUAAGAUUCAGCCGGAGCAGGUGAUAGUGGGAGAGGAUAUGGAGAUCGAAGAAGAAAUUAAGGAGGAGCCGCUAGAGGAUGGUGAUGCUACAAAUGAGUAGGGUAGGUUUGGGUCUGG